GAUGUUACGUAAUAAAUAAAGAAAGCACAAACAGACCACUAUGACGUGUGCAACAGAAUAAACAUAAAAUGUUUUACUUUGGCUUGUAGUCCUUAUCAGAAGCACGAGAACAUUAGGAAUGAAAGAAAAAAAGUGAAGAAAAUAUUAGUAUGCUCAGGGAAGCAUCACACGCAGCAUGAAUUACAUUGAUCAUUAAUAUCACAAACAUACAAAAAGGAUGGCUUAUCUCAUCGCAGUAGUUGCCUUUCUCGCAGUCGUCUUCUAUUUAUGGAUGAAAACGAAGCCUAAGAAUUUCCCUCCAGGUCCACCGCGUUUUCCUAUCCUUGGAUCAGUUCUGUAUUUGCCUCGGAAGUACCCUCAUGUCGUUAUGAGUGGGAAGUGGGCCGAGAAGUACGGUCCUGUGGUGGGACUGAUGUUUGGCUCGAGGAAAGCGUUGGCAGUGAGUGGACCGAAAACUGUUCUGGAAGUGUUACACAGAGAUGAGUUCCAGGGACGCCCAGUUAAUACCAGAGUGCAGAAGAUGUUGUUUAACAAACGUCUUGGAUUAAUAUUCACAGACGGUCCGUACUGGCAGGAACUGCGUCGCUUUACUCUGCGGCAUUUGAGGGAUUUCGGCUACGGAAGGACAAGCAUGGAGAGCUUGAUCAUGCAGGAGGUUGAUGACUUAAUCAAGGAAAUGCGCAGCAAAGACACUAUUCAGGUUCAUGCUCUGUUCAGGAUACCCGCGCUGAACAUUCUGUGGGCCAUGAUGUCAGGUACCCGGUACUCAAGGGACGACGAAGAGCUGCAGACUAUUCUCCAGGGCCUGGAUAAAAUAUUUCGCUCUGGAACCCAAUCAGGAAGGUUCUUGGAUGUGUUUCCUGUCUUGAGACGCAUUCUUCCUGAGAGUAGAACAUACAAACACUUUGUGGAUAUAAUCAACAACCUGCUGAAUUUUGUAAAAAGAACAGUGAGAGAACAUGAGCAAAACCUGGACGAGAAUAAUCCCAGAGAUUUCAUUGAUACAUAUUUAAUUCAAAUGAGGAAGCAAAAGACCAAUGCAGAGUCCAUUUUUACAGAGGAAGGACUCAUUGUGACCUGUCAAGACUUAUUUAAUGCCGGAGGGGAUUCUGUGGACAACACGUUGGGUUUCUGUCUCCUCUACAUGGUGCUUCAUCCCCAUGUUCAGAGUGCGGUUCAGAGAGAGCUGGAUUCUGUUCUGGGUCGCGACAGGAGACCGACGAUUGAAGACAAACACAGGUUACAUUACGUGAAUGCUGUCAUAACGGAAGUGAUGCGCAUUAAUCCUGUUGUAGCCAUGGCUGUUCCACACCGUGUUGUCAAGGAUACUACACUGAAUGGCUAUACAAUUCCCAAGGAUACUUUCGUUUUGAUUAACUUCUGGAGCCUGUUACACGAUCGUGAACACUGGGGAGAUCCCGAAGUGUUCAGACCUGAGCGGUUCCUGGAUGAGAACAAAACCUUUGUUAAGGACGAGUGGAUGAUUUCUUUUGGAGCUGGGAAGCGGAUGUGCCUGGGAGAAGCCCUGGCACGCAAUACUGUGUUCCUGUUCUUCACGACACUUCUCCAGGAGUUCUCGUUUAGUGUACCUGAAGAUGAAUCCACACCUCAGACUUUGCCUCUUUCCGGAAUGAUAAUGGCCCCUCAGCCGUUCAGCAUAAAGAUUUCCCGGAGAGUAUAGUAUCGUGUCACUAUCAUUUUUGUUCGGUGUGUCUGAGGGAGUUAGGAUUUCAUACAUGUCUUAUCUCUUCUAGAAUUAAUGGUGGCCUUCAACUGUAAAAAAUAAAGAUAUGCAAGGGAAUGCAGCACCCGUCUCCCAGAGUGAGGGAAGUGAAGGGAAAGUAGCAGUUCGCGGUCCUGAACUUCGGACCUCUCUUCGCUGUGUGUGAGAGCGCAGCAAAGAGUUCAUGUUUCUGUGUACUCACAGAGGACGCGUCACUCUCGGAGUCUGCGAGAUUACAUUAAUCGUCGAUCUCGACGUACCAUUCGAUAAGACGUACAUCUCUCACACCUACAAAUAUAAAUGGACUGUGAGCGGUAUUUAAAUAAACGAUUAUAAAGUAAAGGGGAGAGGUAGGGAGGGAGGACGGAAGAAAGGAAGAAGAAGGAAUGGAAAUGGGACAAACACAUGAAAGGGAUGGAACGAGAAUACGGUAGAAAUGUUUGAAGAUGAUAAGCGUAUAAAGGAUAUUGUCACUUACGUAGAGUUAGCGUGACGGAUAAUAAUUGGUUCUAGAUUUGAUGAUUGGGUUUAUCGAGCACUUCUUUACAAUUACGAUCAAUUAUAGCUCUAUCAAUAAUCUGGAUGAAAAGGAAAACCCUUCUGAUGGAAAAUGUCUGUGCUCCAAUAAAAUAAAUAAGCCUAAAAUUACGUUUAAUGGACGUAAAUAAUUUGAAGCGAAAGUGGAUAUGGGUAUUAAUUCGAUUGUAGACAUUUAUUUGAGAACGAAUAUGCUUAAGUUCCACAAAAUAUAUUGUAGCAGUCCAAAUUAGGGGAGCCUUUAAUCAGUUUAGUACGAUUAGAUUAUUUGAAAUUAAUUACUUUUGGCUCACAAUUCUUUCUUUCUUUCUUUUGUGGGAGAGUUAGUCGCUUUCUUGGUUUCAGGAGUUUCAGGCUAAGUUUGAAGCCAGCUGCACGGCAAUAAAUCAGUCAAAAUUCUGAACUUUGAUUUGUGCAGAAGUCGUGUUUAUUGCGGAGUCUUUCUGGACCUACGCAACAUAAAAUUUUAAUUGACAUAUGUAUCAGGUGGCUGAGUUCACCCCUAAGGCCCUACCCACUUGGGUUUUCUCUGGUUGCAAAAUGCAUGUUGAUCAGCCUCCUAACUUGCCCUCUCCAACAUUCAGAAUCUAGAGAGGUAAGUCUUUCGCCAGAUAUUUCUAAAGCCAAGUCAGAUGAUUAUCUUCAGAAAAGCUAGCUGCAGAACUGAAAAUUCACUCACCAGAGACACGCUCUAGGCUUGUCUCCGAACAAGUCCUUCUUGAGAAGCCGCCAAUUGUGCAGCUACUCAAGAACUUCCCAGCAUUUUAUGGAAACCCAAGGUUCAUU